UUCGCGCCGCGCGACCACCUCGAGGACGUCCAGGUCGUCAAGUACGGCGUCAGCGACCACUUCCGCGCGCACUUCGACUGGUUCCAAGGCAUGGCGAACCCGCGCGUCUCGACCUUCUUCGUCUACCUCGCCUGCGACGAUGGCGACGAUGCGACGGAGAUGGGUGGCGGCAAGUGCGAGGGCGGCGCGACGCAGUUUCCGCAUUAUGAGGGACAAUUCCCUGCUAAGUGGUGCGGGUGGGUGGAUUGUGAGGACGAUUCGGGCGUUGGUGGCGUCGCGUUCGCGCCGAAGGUGGGCAACGCUGUGUUUUGGGAGAACCUGUAUCCUAACGGCACGGGACAUCCGGGUGUGUGGCAUGCGGGGAUGCCUGUGAAGAAGGGGAGGAAGGUUGGGUUGAAUAUCUUCACGAGGAGGGACAAGUGGAUUCCCGAGCAGCAGUGA